AAACAAAAAGUUCAACAACAAAAAAACAUACCCCGCGCGCGAAGGUCCUGGAAACGUGGGAAACCGGAAAGCCAUGUGAUUGGUCUGGAGCGAGGCACGGGGGAACAAAGGAUCCCACCCUUAGCCCGGGGUUUUGUUUGCGUGAAUCCUCCAACGCAACGCUGCAGGCGCGGUACCAUCGUGGCCAUAAUAAUACUCGCGCGUUGUUCGCGUUUGGUGGGUGUGGUGUGAGGAGCAGCGGCAGCGGCAGCAGCAGCAUAACUCGGCUUCGCUCGCUCGUGUCAGCACAUGCGGGGCCGAGGACGACAUAAGAGCAUCGCACUCUAACCUUCAGCAGCACCACACAAAUCCCGGCCAGAGCCGACCGAGCAGCCAAUCGACCGCUGGACCGCGAGCCAGACUCGCGCGCAAGGACUCGCUUAUUCGUUCAAGAUAGGUCAAACGGGUAGCAGCAACGGGAUGUCGCUGAACGAAGGUAUCGCGGUCGUUACCAAGGUGGUGCCCGGUGUACGGUCCCGCGCCAAAGACUCCACCGAGACGCAGCUUACACGGGAAGAUCUCGACGCGGGACCGAUAAGUUUGGACGAGAUUGAACCGGGCCUGUGGCUGGGCAAUGCAUCAGCGGCCGCCGAUCUACCGACACUUCAUCGGCACUCGAUCCGCAGCAUCCUCUCGGUUGAUUCCGUACCGCUGCCGGUGCACAUCACGGACCAUCCGAAUCUCCGUGUCCGCCACAUUCAGGCGGCCGAUGUACCACGUGAGGAUUUGAUCCGCCACUUCGAGGACACCAAUCGGUUCAUCGGCGAUAGCUUGGCGGAAGGACGGCACGUGUUGGUGCACUGUUACUUUGGUGUUAGCCGCAGUGCAACGAUCACCAUAGCCUACUUGAUGGACAAGUAUCGGCUCGGGUAUGAGGCGGCAUUUUCGCGAGUUCGCGCCAAGCGUCGCUUCGUGAUGCCCAAUCCGGGAUUCGUCAAUCAGCUGAAGCUGUACGCCCGGAUGGGCUAUCGGAUAGAUCGGAGCAAUGAACGGUACAAACUGUUCCGGUUGCGAUUGGCCGGUGACAAUGUGCGUAAGGCGAAGCGCCUACCGACGGAGUGCAUGGAUGUGGUGAAACCGGAUCCGGGUGUAACGCAGGAAUCACCGGAACCGUACGUCUAUCGGUGCCGCAAGUGUCGCCGUGUGGUCGCUUCACGGAGCAAUCUCCUUCUGCACAAACCGAAAUCAUCGACGGUCGUCGGUGCAUCACCGGCGAAGACGGUUGGCCGAGAGGCGGAAGCCACACUCGAGGAGGGUGCCAACGAUGAAACGAUGGGUGAGGUGAAUGGUCCCCCGGUUGACGUCCACCCUGAACCGAACGUUGAAACUCCGAUGGCAACCGAGGCUACUGUGACGACGACAAACGAGCUAACGGAGCAGCUGCGCCGCUGUUCGAUCAGCAGCGAGCAUAGCAACCGCUCGUCGGAGAAGGAAAUGCCAAUGUGCAGCAAGAUCUACUUCGUCGAACCGCUUGCCUGGAUGACGGACAUCUACCGGAACACACAGGGACGACUGUACUGUCCCAAGUGUACGGUGAAACUGGGUAGCUUUAACUGGGUAAUGGCGACGAAAUGUCCGUGCGGUGCCGAAAUUUUUCCCGCCUUCUAUCUCGUCCCCUCGAAAACGGAAUACUCCACGGUGGUUCAGAAUGUGCAGGUCACGGUGUAAGACGACGACCCUCUACCCGUGGCCAUCGCCGUUCUGCUGGAGAGGAGCCCCCCUACCUACUGCGACCGUAUUGGCUCCGAGGAGUCGCUUCGUUCGGAAUUUAUCGUCAUCAUUAUUCAUCAGCGCGCGCUCUGUACUCCUCUCUUCCAGCUUGAAUUUUCGUCUGCGUCAUUGCUUUUUUACCUUUUAAAAAUAGCUCCCAGUUGACGAGAUACCACCACGGCGUACCCAACUACAAUGGGCGAACGGGUGAACAAGCUUCGAGCGCUAACGGAACGCAGAAAGGAUGUCCUCUCGAUGGCUCAUUUGUGGCACUCUCUUGUGCAUAGCUGGAGAGCACUAGGGUGCCCCCUUCUCCCCCGCUCGCAUCAGCUCAUCUCACAUCUGUCACUCAUCUGUGAUCGAUGCAAAGCGUUGCUAAAAAUAGGUCAAUAGCCAUCAUCAUUCCGCCAACACCCGCCAUUUCGCGCACUCCAUGGGCGCCACCACUGAUUAUCGGUUUCUUCCUCAUCACCGUCAGCGCACCGUACCGGAGAUGCUACUCAUAGAUCGAAACGAAACCACAUAAUAUAUAGCCGAAGCAAAACGGUGCCCCCUAGUGAAAUGGACGGGUUUAAUCGAUAUCAAUGCAAAGCUAACAGUCUGCUGAUGGUAAACGGAAAGGAAAAGAGGGUGAAGCAUGAGGACGGUCACCAUUGCGCAAUACCAAUAGAGAAUGGAACGGUUGAUGGGGAAGGUCCGGUGGUAGUCGAGAUAGAAGAGGACAAAUGAGUACAACAAAAGAACGUCGCUAAGGAUUGUUUCUUAUCGGCCGAAAGGAUUCUCCAUCGUGCUGUGCUGCCCAACCGCCCACUGGUCUGUUGAUGACAGCACCAGGGAAAGGAGCAGGCAGAGCAGAGUCGAUGGCGCCAGGGCAUAAUUUCUUUUCUAUUCUGAGCCAUAAGCGCGAGCUUGACCCGCGGCAGCAAUAGCAGCAGCAGCAGUAGCCGUUACAUUCUCUCUACCGUGCUGUUGUGGUACAGAAAACUCGGAAAAUGUAUUUUCAUUAUUCACGCAGAGUACAAACUAGAUGCGAGCAGCAUAGCAGCGUACCAGAGAAGUGGUAGGGGUGCUAGGAGUACGAAGACGUUCUGAGCGGAGACGGAACAAUAGAUUAUUUUAUCUUUUCCAUUGCGGCUUUUCCCAUUGGUUGUGCUGCUUCCAACGGAAGCAAAGGACGCGUCACAAACAGAAAGUGUUGGUAAAACUGGCCAGAAGCAAACAUUUUUUCAACAGCAGCAGCAGCGGCAACAAAAUACGGGGAAUAAUACGAGAUGAAGGGGGGAGUAAUGUUGAACCAAAAACAGAACAGCUAAUCCAGCGUGAUGCUCCUGAAAGCGUUGCGCUCUAAAAUGAAACAAUAAUCUAUACACGGUAUUAAUCGCUAAUGAUUCGGGCUUAGCUAAAUUUACUCUACUAGCGUGUACAGACAAAGGCCAAAGCAGCAAGAGGCACAAAGAAGGGAUGGUGUGGUGUUGUCUAUCCAAAACAGAGGCACAAGAGCGGACCACACAGCGAAUAGCUAGCGUAAGCGCGUAGGCACCGCAUUAAUAUUUAAGUGUCCUGGGUGAAGCGAGUCUUGAGAGACCAACAGCCAACCGAAGAGGACGCUAAUCGUUCGUCCUGCGCCCAUGCGAUGGACCAUUAACUGUGGCUAAUUAUGUGCUUGUGUGUAGUCGGAACAGCGACAGCAUAACACAUGCACAAGACGGACGACGCGGAUUCUGACCAAAAAGGGAACGGCCACACAGCAAGAACAAGCGCAGAAGAAAACGUUAAUGACUCCGAGAGCGGGGUGGACAUAUGAAUAUGAAUAAUGGAAUCACUGUCAACCGAACGGGUGGACACGGAUGGAGUAACGCGGAAUGUUUAGGAGCUUCGCGCGCAAUAGCCAUGGCGCUCAACCAAAAAACAAAAAAAGGCGGGUAUAUGCAUUAUCUUAAAACAUUUUUGAACAUUAGUAUCAACAGAAAUACAAUCAUCGUCUCAUCCCAUUCCUGGGGUUAUCGGCAUUCGUGUCUCUGUGUGGAACAGCAGUUGCUGUACUAGAGAACUAGGUGUGUAACAAAAAAAGGAUAAUCAAAACAUGCAUUUAUACACAGCAAGUUGUAAGUGGGUUUUACUGUUGAAACAAAAAAGUAAACUUACACAAACCUUCCUCUGUCUCGCUCUCGUUAACUCUAGCUCUACAAAUCUGCCCUGUCGUGUAGUGCAAAGCAAACAAUACCAAAUGGAAAACUAAAGCAAAACAGUAUAUUAGCGAUAGCGGUAUGCCGAUACAUAUUAUAUAUAUAUACAUGUAAGCAUAUGCAAAAAGAAUGUGAAAAUCAAAACUGUUCAUCAACUCGUAACAAUAAAAAGGAAAGUGAGAUUAACGCCAA